AAUAAAAAUCGUUCAUCAACCAAUAAAAAAAAAAGGUGUGAUCGACAACAUAGCCGAAAAGAUAAUACUGUUUCUGAAUUGUGUGCAAUAGUUACUAAUUGUAAAUUAUAUUAUUUGAAUUUAAGUAUUAAACCAGAAGAGAUAAUAUUUAAAAAUGUUAUGAAUGGUGCAUUAGAACAUGCAAAUMAUUUGUCAGAAGCGUUUGAUGUUGAUAUACGACCUAUAUUGGAAAGAGCUGCUGAUCAACAGCUUAGUGCCAGAAAAUUUGAAGAAGCUACUCAACUUUAUCGACUGUCAAAGACAAAUCCAUUAAAACGUGUUCUUAGAUUAGCUUCUUCUGGAAAUACAGACAAAGUUGUUCUUUUUGUGAGUACACUUUUAGAACAAGCCCAUCCAAGAGAUCUCACUGCUUUGGAAAGAUUACAUAUUUCAAAUUUAGCUGUAAUGAGCUAUACAGAGCAAUUAUUACGUGCUACCAGUCGAGAAAAGACAAGACUCGAAGCAAAAUUUUUGCGUUUAUUGUCAGAAAAUAAUCAUUAUGAUGAAGUUUUAUGCGUUAAUAUUGUUGGCCAAAGUCGUUUAUGCAAUGUGUUAAGAUUUUUAGCAGUUGAAAGAGGAUUGCACAAUGAAGUUAUUACAGUCUUAGUCAGUUUAAUGAAUCAACAAUCUACUGAUAGUCAAUACUUGCACUUAACUGAAGGAUUUUGGGAUUUGGUGUCAGAAUCAAUUUUUACAGAAGUGUUGGUUGCCUGUAAUAAAUUUACAACACUUCAUUCUAAAUUUGUACAAGCAAAUUUGCAUAAUGUGUCUCAAGAUGUUCUUUUAAAACUUAAAACACUUUAUGACCCAACCAACCCAGCUUUACGACCAAUAUUACGUAAGGUAUUUCAAUUAAAAAGUGAAACUGAGUCUAUAUCCGAACAAGAUGAUAACCUUAAUUAUUCCAUUAAAGAAUGGUUAACCACUUAUCUAAUGAUAAUAUCCAGACUAUCUUCAAAUCAAUAUUCAGAUAAUUUUGUAGAAUCGGUAUCAUAUUGUCACCAACCUAUUUCUAAUGUCUUCGAUUCUGAAAAUGAGAUAGAACACAAGUCUAGUCUUGGAGCUGGUUGGGCUCAUGCUGCUCAUAUACGUAACCAUAAACUAUAUACAUGGGGACAUUCAUCAUACGGUUGUUUGGGUGUUGGACCACAUAUGACUAAAACUGCUACUCCAAAUCCAGUCUCUUGGUUUGUUUACAUACGUGUUGAAGUUAUUCAAGUUGCAUGUGGUCGAAAUCAUUCAAUAGCUCUUACUACAAAUGGAGUAUAUUCUUGGGGAUCAAAUCAUUAUGGUCAAUUGGGUACUGGCCGACGUGGUCAAGCUCCAUAUCCGAUGUUAGUGGAUAGUUUAGCAAAUGAGUUGAUCGUUAGUGUUUCGGCUGGCCAAUAUCAUUCUUUAGCCAUUUCUGCUAGUGGAAAAUUGUGGACAUGGGGUUGGGGUGUUUAUGGUCAACUUGGUCACGGAGCUAUUGAUGAUUGUGAAAAACCAAAACUAUUGAAGGCCUUAGAAAAUGAAAAUAUUAUUAGUGCAUACGGAGGUUAUUCACAUAGUAUUAUUCUUACGAGCAAUGGAAAAGUAUUCACUUUUGGUUCUGGUUCAUUUGGUCAAUUAGGUAAUGGUAGCACAACAAAAAUUACUAGUCCAGUUCCAGUAUAUGGACUUCCUGAACCAAUCAAGAGUAUUUAUACAGCAUAUUUUCAUAAUUUAGCCUUAAGUGAUGUUGGUCGUUUAUAUACAUGGGGUAGUAGUCCACAAGUACUUCGAUUUCAUGCUCAAUCACAAAAACGAGCUAGAAAUCAACUCGUCUUAAAUGAGGGUGAUCAAGUGGAUGAUGCAGAAAUUGAUGCAUUAACUGCUGAUGAUGGCUUAUUACAUUUAAGUCCAACACUUGUGGAUACUUCUCAUAUUUCUGGAGACAUAUUUCAAAUGUGUUGUGGUUGUCACCAUUCAGCUGUGAUUAGUACAACGGGACAAUUAUAUACUUGGGGACUUAAUUUAGAUGGACAAUUAGGUGUAUCAAAUAUACGUGAGAGACUCAUUCCAACUAUAACAUUAGUUGGUCCACCUUCAGUUAUAGUAGACUCAUCAUCAACUAGUGGCUCACUAAUAAAAGAAGUUAGGUGUGGAGCUGAUUUUACAUUAGCUUUGGAUGCUGCCAAUAAACUUUGGGGAUGGGGUAGUAAUCAUGAAGGACAAUUAGGUAAAAUUCCAGAAGAAGAUUUGGCCAAGACAUUAUUAGAUGGUAAAAUGGUCAUGAUUAAAUCAACUAAUAAAGUAAUUAAAAUCCAACAUGGUACUGUAAAUAAGUUGGACUCUCCAAUUGAAAUAUUAUUACCACAAUUAAGAUUUUCAUUUUCCAACAUCAAAGAUAUACUUUCGAUUCGGGUUAAACGUUGUAUUAAUUUUCCCGGAAUACCUUCAUUUGAGUGUGUUCUUGAAAAUCUGAAUAGUGUAUCCAGUUUAUAUGGUAUAGAUUAUUUGUUACAUUAUGCAAUAGAGUGGUUUUAUCCUUAUUAUAAUAUUUCUUCUGUCGUGUCWAUGUGUCUUGAAGUUAAAAACCAUCAAGCAAUUAGCAAAAUUCGAUUGAUAAAUGAUGAACCUUCUAGUGCAUUGUUUCAUCAAUUAGAAGCAUUUGUAGAAACAAGAGACUAUGGAGAAAUGUUUGGGUUUAACGUAGAAGGUGGUCAUGAAGAAAGGGCUCCAACUCCUCUUACGCCAUCGGAGGGUUUCACUAUUAACCUUGAAGAAGGAGAGCUAUUAACUUCUCUACCAGAAUCUUUUGCAUUGCGUAUGGCUACUGAAGAAACCAUUGUAAAAGAAUGGCCUGGAAUUAAUAAACUCUCUCAGAUGUUUGAUUAUUAUUUCAAAUUCCUACUAAAAGAUAAUUUGGUUUYAUUUUUACAUGAAUAUCUUACAUAUUGGUUGGCCAAGUCUUUUCCAGUUGAUGCAUUAGAACAAUUGUUAAUGGAUCGAUGGGAUCAA